AUGAAGUACUCCAUCACCGCCAUCACCCUCGCUGGUCUGGCCGCCGCCGCCGCCAUCAACGGCAAGGAAGGCUCGCCAGUCACCGUCUCGCUCUCGAGCGUGGACCACACGACCAUCAAAGCCACCAUCACCAACAACGGCGACAAGGCGUACAACAUCAUGCACAAGGGCACGCUCCUCGACAGCCUCCCCGUGGACAAGUUCCGCGUCACGCGCGACGGCGCCGCCGACGACGCGGCGCCGGCCGCGUUCCACGGCGUCAAGCUGCGCAUGGCCAACACCGGCUUCGAGGAGGCCGACUUUACGCCGCUCGCGCCCGGCGAGAGCAAGGCCGUCGUCGUCGACGUCGCCAGCCUCUACGCCCUCGACACCUCGGGCACGUACCACGUGCACGCCGCGGGCCGGCUGCGCUUCGCCGAGGCCAACUCGACGGAGCUCGUGCGCGGCCGCGGCCUGCGCUUCGCGAGCAACCGCCUGGCGCUCGACGUCGACGGCCCCGCCGCCCGGCAGGUGCUGCGCGACGUCGAGGCCCGGCUGGCCGCGAUGCGGCGCUCGACCGUCCAGAGCGACUGCACCGACGCGCAAAAGGCGACCGUGGUUGACGGACUGGCCCGCUGCGCGUCGCAGGCGAGCAAGGCCGCCGACGCGGCGCUCAACGGCAGCGCCGCCAAGUUCAAGGAGUACUUCAUGUCCACGGCGACAAAGGACCGGCAGCUCGUCGCCGACAGGCUCACCGCCGUCGCCAAGGAGUGCGACGCCUCGCCGGGCGGCGUGCUGGACCUCCACUGCAAGGACGUGUACAACUACUGCGCCUCCAACACGUAUGCGUACACAAAGUCGAGCGCAAACGCCGUCAUCUGGUGCAAGCAGUACUGGAACCACGACCUCGAGACCGAGACCUGCCACGGCGACGACAAGACGGGCACGACGAUCCACGAGUUUACGCACGCCGACUCGGUCUUCUCGCCUGGCACUGACGAUAAUGCGUAUGGGUACGACGAUUGCAUGCAGCUGAGCCGGGCGGACGCGCUGACGAACGCUGAUACUUAUGAAUACUAUGCCAACGCUAUCCAUCUGGGCUGCUAG